AUGGCGGCUCCCAUGAGUGACACGUUCUCCUUUUGUAUGGACCCCGCCGGCCAAGCCCGCCGCGCCCUGGAGGUGCGAUUCAUCAGCAACGUCAAGGUGAGCAAGAGGGAGCCGCUCCCUGAUUCCCCCCCACCUCCUCCUCCUGCUGCUGCGGAUCCAGUGGAUCCUCCUCUGCUGCAGGGAAGGCGAUCUCCUCCCUCCCUCUCCCCGCUGCCAGAUCCUGCGGGGAAACGCAAGGCUGCAGCGUCUGGCUGCUGUGCGCGCUUGCAAGGGACCAAACCAAUGCGCCCAGGGCGCAAAGCGGCCUCCGUUGCGCGCGGACCGGGGGUGUCAGGAUGCCGGCCUGCCGGGCGGCGGGGCCGGCUUCGGAGCAAAGAUGCGCAGGGCGGGGUGUCUGCAGAGAUGCGGGCUCCCGGGGCCGGAUCCGGCCGGGUUUCCCCACGCGCAACCACGCCCGGGCCGCCGCCGCACCAGCUGAGAGACUGCCAUCCUGGGGUGGGGCGUUGGAUUGCGCUCCGAUCUGGCGAUGGUGCCAGCUUGCCCAAAGGUGGGAUCCAGUGAAAUCGGCGGGACUUGCUCCCGAGUAACGCCGCUUGAGCGCUGGCAAGCGGGGAGAGCUGGGUCCUGCUUGUUGGGAUCAUCGUGGGCGCCUGGUUGGGGACAGGAUGCUGGGAUGGGGCGGGAGGUGCUUUGGCAAGGCUUUUUUCUUGGGUUCUUCUUGGGCAGGUUGUGGCUUUCAAUUCCGACGGGGCAAAUUGAUCCAUGCUGGGCUGCAAGCCAGGAUGGGGCGAUGGGAUCCCGGUUUCUGGAAGCCGCAGGAGGGCUGAGGGCUCUUGUGCCCAAAUCCUGUUUGCUGGCUCUCUGCAAUGGGCAACUGGUCGGUCACUGUGAGCGCCGGGUGCUGGCCUAGGUGGGCCCUUUGGGGCCGGAUCAAGUUGCAGGACUCUCUUGCAGAGACCCCUCGCGGAUUACCUCCUAAUACGCUUUUGAUUUUGCCAACCAGCGAUUUUAAUAAACCAAUUUUAUUACAUGAAACAAAUCUGCAUUAUUUUGAUCCAUCCCCACAGGGCCCCUGAAAGGCAUGGGGCCCAUAGGCGGAUAUAACAUAUAACACCGGUCUUGAAAGACCCACAUUUGCUCCCAGUACAUUUCCGAGUACAAUUCAAAGUGUUGGCGCUGACCUUUAAAGCCCUAAAAGGCCUCAGUCCAGUAUACCUGAAGGAGCGUCUCCACCCCCAUCGUUCUACCCGGACACUGAGGUCCAGCUCCGAGGGCCUUCUGGCGGUUCCCUCCCUGCGAGAAGCCAAGUUACAGGGAACCAGGCAGAGGGCCUUCUCGGUAGUGGCACCUACCCUGUAGAACACCCCUCCCACCAGAUGUCAAAGAGAACAACUACCAGACAUUUAGAAGACAUUUGAAGGCUCAGGGAAGCUUUUAAUGUUUAAUAGGUUAUUGUAUUUUAAUAUUUUGUUGGAAGCUGCCCAGAGUGGCUGGAGAAACCCAACCAGAUGGGUGGGGUAUAAAUUAUUAUUAUUAUUAUUAUGCCUACUCUGCCAAGUUGCUGUGAGCAGGGAGAAGAGGCCUGCCUCCUUAAUGGUGGUGACUAACCUGGAUGUCUUUAAAAGAGGAAAAGACCAAAUCAUGGAAGAUAAGAGGCUAACUGUGGCUAGUAGCCGCCAUGGCAAUGUGGGGGUUGUGUGCCUCUGAAUGCUUUUUGCAGGGAUUCACAAGUGGGCACACAGCCCAUUAGAAUAACUGAACAGCUGAGUUGUAAGGGAUCCUGAGGGUCAUAUAAUCCAACCCCCUCCAAUGCAGGAAUCUUUGCCCAACGUGGGAUUCGAAUCUUGACCUUGAGAUUAAGAGUCUCAUGCUCUACAGACUGAGCUAUCCCAGAGGGGAAAAAGUGUAUUGUGUUGACCAUGAUUAGCUUCUGCUGUUGGGGCACAACUGGUGUUCACUGGGUGAAGACCGCUAACAGCAAGACCAGAUAAUCCGGAUCAGACCAAAUUGGGGCAGGUUCCCAUUUAGCCUGGUGUGCCCUUUCACCCCCAGUGCUCUCAUCCUUGGGCUGCCAGUGUUACGGAUUAUUUUCACGACUCGUCGGGGUAAGGUAGGGUGAUCAUUCGUCUCUACCCAGAUGAUGUGGUAACUGAGUAUGCGCUUGAACCUCUUUGAAGAGGAGCUGCCCUCAGCAAGAAAUCCAAGCUCCUUGUCUGUACCUGGUCGCCUGGAGCUGUUUCUUAGCUCGCCCCAGCCGACCAGGCAACCGCUGGUUCCAUGUGGCGCUUCUCUUCCUCCUUCCCACUGCCCUCCUGUCUCCAAACCAAGAUUAUUAUUAUUAAUUAUUAUUAUUAUUAUUAUUACAGUGGACGAACGUGAUCCGUGCGGGAGGCAUGUUCGCAACCUGUGCGUCUAGCGCACGCGCGGCUCGCAAUUUGGCAUUUCUGCGCAUGCGCAAAGCACAAUUUAGCACUUCUGCGCAUGCGCAAGCGGCGAAACCCGGAAGUAACCGUUCCAGUAUUUUCAGGCUCGGCGCGGUGCGCAACCCGAAGCGUCUGUAACCUGAGGUAUGACUGUAUUAUCUUUUGUUAUGUCGAUGUUAAAAGGGCAAAGGACUCUUCGCCACCAGAAACAUCAAGAAGGGAGAAACGAUUUUCGUCGAGAAGCCGGUGGUGUCCGCCCAGUUCCUCUGGAAUGCACUGUAUAAAUAUAGAGGUGAGCAAACUGGCACUCUCAAUCCACUUGGGGAGAAGACAUUGCAUUGUUGAAUACAAGUGUGCAUUGGGGUUUGUGCAUAUAUCUCUCUGUGUGUGUGUUAUCUAGAAAUUGGACUACAGUGGUACCUCGGGUUAAGUACUUAAUUCAUUCCAGAGGUCCGUUCUUAACCUGAGAACCUGAGGUCCGUUCUUAACCUAUUUCCGGGUUAGCGGAGUCUGUAACCUGAAGCGUCUGUAACCCGAGGUACCACUGUAUAUCCCACGCUGUGCCAGAAGGGGGUUGCACGGGACUUGCAUUUCAUCUCCUCCCCCUGUGUACCCCCAAAAUCUGCUCCAGAGGAUCCACCGACCUCACACUGCUGAUUUUGAGGGUGUGCAGCUGAGGGGCUGGAAAGGGCAGGGGGAAAAGUGGAAAUUCCCGUGUGCGUAGAGAAGUCCUUUGGCGCUGCAGCUUCGAUACUCACCUAGUCCAAACCCUGCAAUGCAGGGGUAAUUUAGGAUAACCUAAGAUACUGUAAGGACUUCUGUAUCCUGUGUUGUAUACCUUUGGUUAUCUGGUGCCCUGAGCAAGGACAAAAUUUAGCACACACACACCCCAAUUUUUUUCUUCUUCUUUUCGACAUAAUUCCUUUUGGUACACUUGCUUUUUUUAGUGGAUCGCCUCGGUACAUACCGGUAUAAAUAUAGGUAUUACUGUAUUGGCCUGAAUAUAAGCUGCAGCCAAAAAUAAGCCGUACCUUUAAAAUUCAAGUGGGGGGAGAGAGAAAAAAAGACAAUCCCCGAAUAUAAGCCGCUCCCUUAAAGUUGGGUUACCGGCUGAAAAUCGCUGCGGUUGGUAGAAUUGUAACUCUGAAACCAAUUUAAGCCUUUCGUCUUGCAAGCCCGCAAAAGUUACCGUGCAGUCGCUAAAAUCGCAAAUCGCUAUUCAGUUGCUACAAUUCGGCAAGCUCUCACACCCGCAAAUGGCAAAUGAACAGUCUCAAGCUCGCAAAUCAGCAAAAAUCUUUUUUUCUGCUCCGUUUUACCGUAUGUGUUUCAGCAGCGAUAUUGUAAAAGCCGAAUUUUGUAAGGUAAGCUUCCGCUCUGGUCACGGGACCUAGACGGCUCUGGUUGCCCUAACAGAUGAUCUCCGCAGGCAGCUGGAUCGAGGCGGGUCGGGGCUGCUGAUUUGCAACCCGAGCGUCCACUGUAUUUACUUUGCAAUAAAAAUUCUUUAAAUAAAAAAAAAAGGAAAGGAAAGGAAAAAAUGCCCCUUCUGUUGUUUUACAUUUCCAGCACUUACUUCCUUUACUUUCCUUCAUGGCUCUCUUCUUACCCCCAUCUCCCCUCCAGCCUGCGACCAUUGCUUGCGAGCACUGGAGACGGCAGAGGAAAAUGCGCAGAGGCUGCUGGGGAAACCCCAAGCCCUUCCUCACCCGGAGCAGUGCAGCAUUCGGAAGGAGCUCCAUCAACACUGCCCCGCUUGCCAAGUAAGUAGGAGGCAGGCGGAUCGCGUCCCCUCGCAUGGCCUGGGAAUCUUGGUCGCCUUUCCCCGGCUGCCGAAGGGCUGUGCCAAAGCGGGGGGAGUCCCCUUCAUUGACAGCUGUGCUUCGCUUCCUAUACGAUACGAUACAAUAAUUUUUAUUGUCAUUGUCCCAUACAGAACAACGAAAUUGAAAAAUCUACAUCAGACAUUCAAAAACCCACAAGCCAGCUAUCCCAGCCUGGUUAGCCCCCUAAAAACUCUGAUAUCCCAUAAUUGAAUACAAUAUACUCCCAUAGAGACUACCUUACACUGCAUUUAAAACCAAAAUCGCAUUUGGAUAGAAACUGUUUCUCAGGAGGCUAGUCCUAGUCUUUAUAACCCUGUACCUUCUUCCAGAAGGCAGAAGCUGAAAGAGAUCAUUUCCGGGGUGCGCACUAUCCUGCGCUAUCUCUGCAGCUUUCUUAUGGCACCUGGAAACAUAGAUUUGAUCCAAGGUGGGAAGAGUGCACCCAAUUAUUCUCUCCGCAGUCUUUACAACCCUGGACAGCAUUGUUUUCCCCCUGACCGUGCAGCUCCCAAACCACACACACAGAUUAAUACAAGUUAAUACACUCUCCACAGUACAAUGGUAAAAUGCCAUCAACAGGUCCUUUGAGAGAUUGUUUUUCCGGAGGAUCCUCACAAAAUAUAACCUGUUGCUCCUUAGGUGGCUUAUUGCAGCGCAGAGUGCCGUCAGCUUGCCUGGGAACAGUAUCACCAGGUUUUGUGCCUGGGGCCGUCCAGGCACGACCCCAACCACCCACUCAGCAAACUGCAAGAGGCCUGGAGGUAUUUAUUUCUCAUUUUUGGGGGGGGGGGUUAGUUUAAAGCCCCAAACUGCCUCGGUCCAGUAUACCUGAAGGAGCACCUCCACCGCCAUUGUUCUGCCCGGACACUGAGGUCCAACUCCGAGGGCCUUCUGGUGGUUCCCUCACUGCGAGAAGCAAAGCUACAGGGAACCAGGCAGAGGGCCUUCUUGGUAGUGGCACCCUCCUGUCAGAUGUUAAGGAAAUAAACAACUAUCUGACUUUUAGAAGACAUCUGAAGGCAGCCCUGUUCAGGGAAGCUUUUAAUGUUUAAUAGACCAUUGUAUUUUAAUAUUUUGUUGGAAGCCGCCCAGAGUGGCUGGGGAAACCCAGCCAGAUGGGCGGGGUAUAAAUAAUUUAUUAUUAUUAUUAUUAUUAUUCCUUGUGUUUUGAUGUUGUGAACCGCCCUGAGAAGUACGGAUGAAGGGCAGCUAUGCAGAUUUAAUAAAUAGUAAUAAAGAGACUGUCCACAGCAGGGAGGGCUUGGGGCUAUAAAAGAGGGUGUUUUGUUUUGUUUUGUUUUUUGAAACCAGGCGGCAGGGCUUAGUUGCUUAGAUUAGCCAGUUUAGAAGCCUUUUGGUUGACUGGAAAGGUGUGCCCCCAUUGCCUGGAUGAAUGGGGCACCAGGGUUUUAAAGAACAAUUAUUAUUCCUGAAAAACCUAAAACUGUACAUGCAGCAUCUGAAAACAAAAUAUAGUCUUCACCUUUUAGAAUCCUCCAAAAUACCUUGGGGUCAUCUGCUCUUAGCCUCUAACCUCCUCGGCUGAGGCAGGGAAUCAGCUGCUACAACACCCAUGAAAGGUGGGCCAGGCAGCUUAAAUACCUCUAUUAUUAUUAUUAUUAUUAUUAUUAUUAUUAUUAUUAAACCCUAUUGUUUGUUUGUUUGGUCGCUUUUUGCCAUUGCAACUGAAAGCUGCUUUGGGGUGGGGAGGAGGAGGGUUUAUUGGUUUGUGCUGUUUUUAUUAUGCAUUUUGCAUUAUCUUGUGUUCUGAAAUCUACAGAUGAAGGGCAGUAUACAAUUUUCUUUUUAAAAAAAAAUCUUACAAAAGAAAAUGCACAGAAUAAAAGCAGAGAGGAGGAAAUUCUAAGGUCAAGGACUUCCUUUGCAGAUAUUUGCAAGAUGCUGUGGGAGCCGGUUUUGGCUGAAUAGUGGGAGGGAGGGGAAAAGCUAAUAAUAAUAAUAAUACCAGUUACCGUAUUUUUUGCUCUAUAAGACUCACUUUUUCCCUCCUAAAAAGUAAGGGGAAAUGUGUGUGCGUCUUAUGGAGCGAAUGCAGGCUGCACAGCUAUCCCAGAAGCCAGAACAGCAAGAGGGAUUGCUGCUUUCACUGCACAGCAAUCCCUCUUGCUGUUCUGGCUUCCGAAAUUCAGAAUAUUUUUUUUCUUGUUUUCCUCCUCCAAAAACUAGGUGCGUCUUAUAGAGCAAAAAAUACAGUACUUAUUAUUUGAGGUAGAUUCUGCUAGAGCUAGAGCACUCUGCUUCCCCCCUCUGUUUUGUCUGUGAUUAUGUGAAUAAGAAAUCCCUUCCCUUUCCUUCUUCUCCAGGAACAUCCAUUACCCGCCUGAGACUUCGAGCAUCAUGCUCAUGGCCAGAAUGGUUGCAACUGUCAAGCAGGUUUGUGUUGGGGUUUGUGGUACCCCAAGAUCUGUAGCCUUGUGUGAGUGUCUGGAGGAGGGAUGGCGGCUAUCAGAUUGAGGUUGAAUCCUGACAAGACAGAAGGACUGUUUUGGGGGGACAGGAGGCGGGCGGGUGUGGAGGACUCCCUGGUCCUGAAUGGGGUAACUGUGCCCCUGAAGGACCAGGUGCGCAGCCUGGGGGUCAUUUUGGACUCGCAGCUGUCCAUGGAGGCGCAGGUCAAUUCUGUGUCCAGGGCAGCCGUCUACCAGCUCCAUCUGGUACGCAGGCUGAGACCCUAUCUGCCAGCGCACUGUCUCUCCAGAGUGGUGCAUGCUCUGGUUAUCUCCCCCUUGGACUACUGCAAUGCGCUCUAUGUGGGGCUACCUUUGAAGGUGACCCGGAAACUACAACUAAUCCAGAAUGCGGCAGCUAGACUGGUAACUGGGAGUGGCAAACAGGACCAUAUAACACCGGUCCUGAAAGAUCUUUAUUGGCUCCCAGUAUGUUUCUGAGCACAAUUCAAAGUGUUGGUGCUGACCUUGAAAGCCCUAAAUGGUCCAGUGUCUCCACCUCCAUCGUUCAGCCUGGACACUGAGGUCCAGCUCUGAGGGCCUUCUGGUGGUUCCCUCCCUGCGAGAAGUGAGGUUACAGGGAACCAGGCAGAGGGCCUUCUCGGUGGUGGCGCGUGCCCUGUGGAACGCCCUCCCAUCAGAAGUCAAAGAAAUAAACAACUCUCUGACUUUUAGAAGACACCUAUAGGCAGCCCUGUGCCAGGAAAUUUUUAAGGUCUGAUGUUCUAUUGUGUUUUUAAAUAAUCAAUCAAUAUUACGGUCCAGAGACCCAACAAAUUGUUACAAAGCAAUGCACAAUUCAGACAGCCUACCACUAAGUUAAACAAGCAUUUUGUUUAGACUUAAAGAUAGGGAUUGUUGGUUCUUGCAACCACCGAUAAAAACUUCACCACUGCCAAUGUUCUAGCGUUUGUCCGGUCUUCCAAUAGGAACCUGACAUAGUGAGCCACUGAAUUUCCCAGGAAAGGUACCAGCAAGGGUAAUAUCAGUUCAGCCCUGGCUUGCUCGUAUUUUGCACAGUGCAGCAAAAUAUGUUUUAUGGAAUUGGUGUCUAGGGCACACCAGCAAAGUCUGUCCUUGUAGGGAACUCCUCUCAACCUGUCAUCCAACACAAAUUUUUAAAUAUUUUGUUGGCUGCUGCCCAGAGUGGCUGGGGCAACCCUGUUAUCUGAGCGGCAUAUAAACAAGAAAAUUAUUUGGCUUUAAAGAAAGGCUAGGUCUGGGCUGGGGGAGCAUUUUUGGCUCCCAAGGGUCACAUUGGGCAAGCUUCCGAGGGCCGCAUGGCAAUAGUGGGCAGAGCCGGAGUUGUGACUUCCGCCUUAGUACGGCCGGCCGCAUUCCAGCAAACACCAGAGAGAUGCGCACAUACAUUGACCCUCACUCUUUCGCCCAGGCAAGCAGGAGACAUGAGCUGUCAUGCCUGCGUUUCAUGGGGUUGGAAUAAAAGACCGCUGGGGUCUCUUCCAAGUCUACAGUGCUGAGAUUCUGUGAUUCUUGCAGUUCAGGGAUGCAUCCACCCACGGAGGACCUUACGGUCUUCAAACAAAAACACCUUGGAGGUCCCAGGCCACAGGGAGGUUAGGCUGGCCUCAGCCAGAGCCAGGGCUCUUUUGGCCGUGGCCCCGAACUGGUGGAACGCUCUGUCACAAGAGACCAGGGCCCUGCGGGACUUGAUAUCUUUCCGCAGGGCCUGCAAGACAGAGCUGUUCCACCAGGCCUUUGGCCAAGGCACAGUCUGACCCCCUCCUUUGGUAAUCCUCACAGAACUCCAGCCCAAUGGUUGCCAUUCAAUUCUGAAUUGAGUUUAGAAUGUAUUUUAAUUAAUUGAUUGUGAUUUUAUGUAAACUGUGUUACUUUUAUUGUUGUUAGCCGCUCUGAGCCCGGCUUCGGCUGGUGAGGGCGGGAUAUAAAUAAAAUUUUAUUAUUACAGUGGUACCUCGGGUUACAUACGCUUCAGGUUACAGACUCCACUAACCCUGAAAUAGUACCUCGGGUUAAGAAAUUUGCUUCAGGAUGAGAACAGAAAUCAUGCUCCGGCGGCGCGGUGGCAGCGGGAGGCCCCAUUAGCUAAAGUGGUGCUUCAGGUUAAGAACAGUUUCAGGUUAAGAACAGUUUCAGGUUAAGAAUGGGCCUCUGGGACGAAUUAAGUACUUAGCCAGAGGUACCACUGUAUUAUUAUUAUUAUUAUUAUUAUUAUUAUUAUUUAUCCCAGCCUGGCCGACGCAUGCAAGGAGAGCAGAGUGGAGGGCCUGGGAGAGGGAGAGGAGGGGGGGGGGAAGCAUGCCAGAGCCCUGAAGGACUUCAUUUGGCCCACGGGACGGUGGUUCCCCACUCCUUGUAUAGACCAAGGGAAGAGGUCUUUCAGCAUCUUCUUGCCUCGAUUGUUCCUCAGAAGCUCCCUGCAACAAGAGAAGUAAAAGCCGCAUUUUAUUUUGUUUGUUUGUUUCCUUGCAGGCAAAGGACAAAGACUGCUGGAUCAAACUCUUCGCUCAGUUCUGCAGCAAAACAGCCAACGAGGAAGAGGAGAUCGUCCACAAACUCCUGGGGGAUAAAUUUAAGGUUGGGAACCCUGUGAUAACGGAAGGGUUGAUCUUCUGGGGCUGGUGAUCCAUUCAUUUCCGGCGGGGUUGGACUAGAUGACCCUUGGGAGUCCCAGCUCUUCGGUUCUGUGGCCCUGGGGUUCUUUCUUUCUGCCCGUCUCCUUUGACCCAAAGGAAGCGUCGUAAUCUUAUCCUGCACCUGCCUCCCCUGUGCAUGCGCAGCGGUAGGUAGAAACCAACCUGCAGUUUCCAUUAUCUUGAAUCCCCCAGCGUGGUUAGCCUACGGAACUCCCUGCCACCGGAGGCGAGGAUGGCCACCAAACCUUGAUGGCUUUGAAAGAGGAUUGGACAAAUCCAUGGAGCAAGAGAGGGCUAUUCAUGGCCACUAGCCACAAUGACUAUAUGCCCCUGCCUCCUGAGGCAGCGAUGCUUCUGAAUACCAGCUGCUGGAAACCACAGGAGGCGAGAGGGGUUUUGUGUUCGAAUCCCGCUUGCGGGUUUCCUGCAGGCAUCUGGUUGGUCCCAGGAUGCAGAGCUCCUGGCCUGAUCCUGUUCUUAUCUCAGAUUUUAGUAAAAGCACAUUUAUGUUAGGACUCCAGAGAGAAGUGUGGGCAGAAUCUCAUGGGCUGGCAGCUGAUGGGAGUUGUAGUCCUAAACAUCCAGAAGACCCCAGGUUCGAGAAGGUUGCGGGGACAGAAUCAAGCAUGGACUUGUUUCCAUUAUUCCUAGCGUUGAAUGACUUGUGAUCUUCUCCUCCACCUCUCCAGGGCCAGCUGGAAGUCCUGCGCGUCCUUUUCACCGAAGCCCUUUACGACGACCAUCUCAGCAGGGUAAAGCCAGAAUUUUUGUAGUUGGGAGCAGUUCCAGGCUCCAGGUUUCUCCUUUAGCGGAAGCUGGAAUAGAUGCCCUUUGGGAAGUUUUCUGGAUCUGUCUGAGUUUCCCCAGCCACUCUGGGUCGCUCCCAAUUGAGUGUUAAAAGCAUUAAAUAUUAAAAACUUCCCUGUACCGGGCUGCCUUCAGAUGUCUUUUAAAGAUAAGAUAGCUGCUUAUUUCCUUCACAACUGAAGGGAGGGCGUUUCACAGGGCGGGCGCCACUACUGAGAAGUCCCUCUGUCUGGUUCCCUGUAACGUCACUUCUUGCAGAAAGGGAACCGCCAGAAGGCCCUCGGAGCUGGACCUCAGUGUCUGGGCUGAACAAUGGGGGUGGAGACGCUCCUUCAGGUAUACUGGACAGAGGCCGUUUAGGGCUUUAAAGGUCAACACCAACACUUUGAAUUGUGCUCAGAAACGUACUGGGAGCCAAUGCAGAUCUCUCAGGACCGGUGUUAUGUGGUCUCGGUGGCCGCUCCCAGUCACCAGUCUAGCUUUCACAUUCUGGAUUAGUUGUAGUUUCUGGGUCACCUUCAAAGGUAGCCCCACGUAGAGCGCAUUGCAAUAGUCCAAGUGGGAGAUAACUAGAGCAUUCACCACUCUGGCGAGGCAGUCCGCGGGCAGGGAGGGUCUCAGCCUGCGUACCAGAUGGAGCUGAUAAAUAGCUGCCUUGGAUACAGAAUUGACCUGUCCCUCCAUGGACAGCUGUGAGUCCAAAAUGACCCCCAGGCUGCGCACCUGGUCCUUCGGGGGCACAGUUACCUCAUUCAGGACCAGGGAGUCCCCCACACCUGUCUGCCCCCUGUCCCCCAAAAACAGUAUUUCUGUCUUGUCAGGAUUCAACCCCAAUAGGCAGGGAGUUCCAAAGUUGUCUGAGGGCAGCCACUGAGAAGGCCUUGUCCCAUGUCCCUACCAAGUGUCCCUGUGAGGGUGGUGGGAACGAGAGAUGGUGGGCUCCCCUAUUCUACUCCUCUAGUCCCAGGAGGGACUCAGCAUCUGGGGCAGGGACGCUGUUUACCACCUCCAUUUAUCUCUCUUUUCUAUCUUCUCCUGGCAGUGGUUCUCCCCGGAAGGUUUCCGGUCGCUGUUUGCCCUCGUCGGCACCAACGGACAGGGGAUAGGAACCAGGUAAGUUCAGGUGGAUUUUAGCCCCUCCUGGGAACUCCCCCGGGUGCUCUGAGGGUUAAUUAGGACUUAGCGGAAUACAUCAACUUCAUAGACACCGAGAGACAACAGGACUGCUCAAGGUGCCCCGACUAUAAAAUUGGAGAAAUCGGGAGAUAUAUAGCCGCAUCAGCAGCAUAUCUCUUCUUUCUCGUAUCCAAAAAUGCUAGAAGGGCCUUACACUCGCCAGAAGCUCGGCUCUUCCCUCGCCGGUCCUGGAAGGAGCCUUUAAAAAAGUCCCAUAGGCUCAGAGACUUUGCGCCUGUUCAUUGGGGGAGAUAGGAAGCCCAGAGCACUUGUUCUUUAGAUGUCCCUUUUAUGAAGAGGCACGUAGCAAGACCAUUGAUCCCCUGCUGGUGAGGCUUGCUGACCUCCCAGAAAAGCAAAAAUUUGACCACCUUCUGUUAGGCAAAGAUCAUAAGACGACCCGGAUAGUCGCCAGAUUCUGUGUACAGAUCUGUAGGCGCAGACCGUCCCCCGACUCAAACUAGUUCGUGAAGAAAAUCCCCAAACUCGGUUCCAUGGGUGACUCUGGGUCAUCUCUCUGCGGUAGCCUAUCUUAAAGUUUUAAGUGUCUAUAUGCUUAUCACGGGACGCGGGUGGCGCUGUGGGUUAAACCACAGAGCCUAGGACUUGCUGAUCAGAAUUCGGCGGUUCGAAUCCCUGCGAUGGGGUGAGCUCCCGUUGCUCGGUCCCUGCUCCUGCCAGCCUAGCAGUUCGAAGCACCUCAAAGUGCAAGUAGAUAAAUAGGUACCGCUCUGGCGAGAAGGUAAACGGCGUUUCCGUGCACUGCUCUGGUUUUGCCAGAAGCGGCAUAGUCAUGCUGGCCACAUGACCCAGAAACUGUAUGCCAGUUCCAUUGGCCAAUAAAGCAAGAUGAGCGCCGCAACCCCAGAGUCGGCCACGACUGGACCUAAUUGUCAGGGGUCCCCUUUACCUUUACCUAUGCUUAUCACAUUUAUAAAUUUUAAAUUUAUUGUUGUACAUUGUUUUAACUGUUUUCUUUCUGGGAAUGUACCCCUAAGUGUGUUUUAUAAGCUGGUCUCCGACCGUAAUAAAUUAUCUAAAAGCCAAACCUAACUUGCGGUCUGAGGAACUAGUCAGAAGGGCUGUAGAUCAAGGGCAGAUCACCUGCUUUUCAUUGAGAAAGUCCCCGGUUCCUUCCUCUUGCCUGAACCCUGGAGAGUCCCUGCCAGUCCUGGUAGACAGUACUGAGGUAGUAAUGAGAAUCUCAGGUGAGAUUCAGUGGAAGUUGCUCCCGGUACCAGUCUCCACCUGGAAGCAGAGGAAGGUUCAGAUAGCUUGCUGAUGCAGAAGAUAAGGCUCAGCAAAACAGUUCUGGACAUAGAUAGAUACAGCUUGUAGGCUUCUCCAGAUACAGAUACAUACAGAGUGUCUCUGUUGCUCUAAAUAAGUUCACCAUUUAAGACGUAACGCUGGACAAGUAACACCGACUGGCUAACAGACUGACUCACAGACUGAGCUGGGGCAACCCAGUCAUCUGGGCGGCAUAUAUAUGAAAAAUACCAGUUGGCGCUACAGUCCUUGCUUGCGGUGAGUGGAAUUCAGUGGCUCGAUAUUCCCCCGUUGAAAUCACCUUUUAGCCGCUGUGAAGUCACCAUUGGCCCUCCACCUCAGUCGCUCUUCCCCGCCGCCUGCAAAAUGGGUAUAACGGUGUUGGCCUACCUUUUAAGGCACUGCCAAUGUGGUGCCCUCUUAGGACCACAACUCCCACAAUCCCUGGUCGUUGGCCAUGCUGACCUGGACAAAUGGGAGUUGUAGAACGUCUGGAUAGGGGCACCAUGUUGGCUACCUCCGUUUUUUCAGUGGAGGUCUCCUAUGGAUUGCCACAAAUCCUUUAGACGUCCUAGAGUUGGAGGUGCGAUUUCGGCCCAGCGAAAUGAGGGCGCUUUUGGUGGUGGCACCCCGACGGCCAUUCCUUGCCAGCCCCCGCUGAGAGGCAGACUCUAUAAAUGGAAGGAACUGAUGCCAUCUGUCUGUCUCUCUGGCACCACCCAGCUCCUUGAGCCAGUGGGUCCAUGCCUGCGACGCCUUGGAGUUACCCCCUCAGGAGCGAGAGCAGUUGGACGCCUUCAUAAACCAGCUAUACAAGGACAUGGAGAGAGGUCAGUGAACGGGAAAUGGGGGGGGGCCUUCGAACGACGGGGGCCCAUACCUUCAUGGGUGGGAGGUGUCCAGCGCUCAGCAACCCCUGGUUGUGGCAGUGUCAUCAUGUGCCUGGCAUCAGUGGCAUAGCAUGAGGGGAGCCAGAGAGACUGUUGUCCCGGGUGCAAAAUUUGGGAAGCGUGUGCAAAAUUUAAAAAUAAAAUAAAAUGCUCUGAGGGUUUUCUUUAAAAACAAUCAAGCGGUGUAAAAAUUUCACCAAAUAAAAAUAAUAAAAUAAAAUAAACUCCCCCCUCCACCAUCACUGCCGCUGGCUGGCUCUGAUAGUGGUCUUGCCCCGGGCACUGGCACCCCAUGGUAUGCCACUGCCUGGCAUCACCAAGGAACUGGGAAGGAUGCUGAACUGUGUUGGGUCCAUGCAUGGCCCAUUCUGCUUUGCAGAGCAGAAGACCAGGCGUUGCAGGAUCAGGCCAAAGAUCCAGCUUCUUGUUUUGCCUGAUGGGCUGGGUGCUUGAUCUCCUCCAACGCUCUGGUGAAACAGGAUCAAACCUUGACGUCGCCCAGGGACGGGUGGGAGGAAGAGGACCACCUUGAGCCCCUCGGGUGAAAAUAAUAAUAAUGAUGAAAAUAAUAAUAAUAAUAAUUUAUUAUUUAUACCCUGCCCAUCUGGCUGGGUUUCCCCAGCCAUUUUGGGCAGCUUCCAGCAGAAUAUUAAAAUACAAUGAUUCUUCAAAUGUUAAAAGCUUCUCUAAACAGGGCUGCCUUCAGAUGUCUUCUAAAAGUCGGAUAGUUGUUAAUUUCUUUAACAUCUGACGGGAGGGCGUUCCACAGGGAGGGCGCCGCCACCGAGAAGGCCCUCUGCCUGGUUCCCUGCAACUUUGCUUCUCGUAGGGAGGGAACUGCCAGAAGGCCUUCGGCGUUGGACCUCAGUGUCCGGGCUGAGUGAUGGGGGUGGAGAUGCUCCUUCAGGUAUAGCGAUAGAAUCCUAGAGUUGGAAGGGGCACCCGGGGUCAUCUAGUCCAACCCCUUCAGUGCAGGAAUCGCACCUCAAGCAUCCCUGACGGGCGGCCAUCCAACCUCUGCUUAGAAACCUCCAAGGAUGGAGAGUCUAUACCACGGCCCACGUGAGGGUCAUACUGUGCCCAAUUCCUGCCUUUAGGAUUCUCUUUGGGAAAGGGGAUUAUUAAGAGACCGAAAUUGCCUCUCAUAUCUUCUUUCCUCCCUCUUCGAUUUAGAGACAGGGGAGUUUCUGAAUUGCGAAGGGUCUGGCCUCUACAUGCUGCAGAGUUGCUGUAAGUAUCAAGGGAGGAAUAAUCUGCCCAAACACUUUUUAUAGAAUCCUUGAGUGGGAAGGGAACCCGAGGGUCAUCUAGUCCAGCCCCCUGCAAUGCAGGAUUCUCAUCUGAAGCAUCAGUGACAGAUGGCCAUCCGACAUCUGCUUAAAAACCUCCAAGGAAGGAGAGCCUACAACCUCCUGAGGGAGAACAUUCCCCGGUUGAACAGCAGAAAGUUCAUCCUGAUGUUGAGUCGGAAUCUCCUUUCUUGUAACAUGAAGCCACGGGUUCGAGUCCUACCCUCCGGAGCCGGAGAAAACUAGCUUGCUCCAUUCUCCACGUGGCAACCCUUGAGAUAUUUGAAGAUGGCUCUUAUAUUUCAAAAAAUAUAUAUAUCACACAGGAAAUUGUUCCUUGAAGCUCAUGGCUGCUCUGCUUGCUUCCUUCCUCAGGUAACCACAGCUGCAUUCCCAAUGCCGAGACCUCGUUCCCGGAUAACAAUUUCCUCCUGCACCUGACGGCCUUGGAGGAUAUCGGGCCGGGAGAGGUGAGAGCCCUGGGGGCUGUGGGGUGGCCCUUCGGAAACCGGUAGGGCAGGGGUCCAGGAGACCAACACUAGGUGGCGCUAGAGGAUGUGCAUCCUCCUCUUCUUCCCCUCCUGCAACGGCAAGCUGAAACUUGAGGAGGAGGAGUGUCACGGUCCGAUCUACGGGCGAUCGAAUUCCUGGUGGAGGACAUCGGGACUGGGGGCAAGAUGGUGGGGUGGGAGCAGGAAUGAGAGUCCAGAAGCCAGGGGUCUGAGGGUCAAGAAGCAAGGAGUCACGAAGUCAGGGGUCCGAGGGUCGAGAAUCAAGGAGUCAUGAAGUCAGGGGUCCGAGGGUCGAGAAUCAAGGAGUCACGAAGUCAGGGGUUCAAGGGUCGAGAAGCAAGGAGUCACGAAGUCAGGGGUCCGAGGGUCGAGAAGCAAGGAGUCACGAAGUCAGGGGUCCGAGGGUCGAGAAUCAAGGAGUCACGAAGUCAGGAGUCCGAGGGUCGAGAAUCAAGGAGUCACGAAGUCAGGGGUCCGAGGGUCGAGAAUCAAGGAGUCACGAAGUCAGGGGUCCGAGGGUCGAGAAGCAAGGAGUCACGAAGUCAGGGGUCCGAGGGUCGAGAAGCAAGGAGUCAAGAAGCCGAGGUCCGAGGAUCAGGAAGCAAGAAGCCAAACGCAGCAAGGCAGGAAGCGUGUUGCUGUGGCAAAGAGCCGAAGGGAAAUGCUGACCUAAUAUCCCUUCCCGGCUCUUGCCACCAGGUGCAGUGAGUUACCAAGCGGCCUCACCUGUGCGGCCGCACCUUGCCUCUUCAGACCAAACUUAGGAAGGCCCCAGUCCUGCGAAGCCCUACUGGUCACAGGGCCUGGCUCCUGCACGCACUCCUGACCAGAAGGAAGCUGAAGGGCCUUGGGCUGGUUGUUAAGUAAGAGAGAGAGAAAGAGAGAAUGAGUUCCAUAAGGGAACCCGAGGGUCAUCUAGUCCAACCCACUGCAAUCGGCCAUGGGUUCGAGGCCCGUGAUGGGCAAAAGAUUCCUGCGUGGCAGAGGGUUGUACUGGAUGAUCCUGGAGGGGGGGUCCCUUCCAACUCUACAAUUCUGUGAUUUUAAGCCAGAAUCAGGUGGGCAGGCCGGUGUUUCAGUCUCCUAAAUGGACCAGCCUCCAGGAAGUGAGAGGAGCCCGAGUUUUUGAGCCCUGUUGCAAAAAAUUGGGCAUCUCCUGGGGUGGGACGUGUCCCAAAGUUAGGAAUGGGUAACGAAAAUCUGGGACGCAGUAUGCAUGUCUAAGCUUAUGGUUAAGUAUGUUGAGAACCAGAGAGCAAGAGAAUGCCUUUAUCGUUUUUAUUAUUAUUAUUAUUAUUAUUAUUAUUUAACAUCUUUAUUGAAAAUUCAAAUGUACAUAAUUAUAUGUGCACUAAACGUGGUGAGAAGUAAAGAAAAGAGAGAGAAAGAAAAAGAGAAACAACCCGUGUAGAAGGGAAAAUAAACCCAAACUGUAUAUUUUACAAAGUUGUUAUUGUACUUCACCAGAUCUUAACCUAUUACAGUAUUUGUAAGAAUCCAAUCCAAGAGAAUACCUUUAUCGUGUUUUUAUUAUUAUUAUUAUUUACUAGAUUUACAUACCGCUCUUCAUCAAAAGACCUCAAGAUGGUUCACAAGAUAAAAACACAAAUAAAAAGAGAAACCACCAAACAAUAACAAAACAGAAUAUUAUUAUUUUUAUAAUAUAAUUUUUUAUUAUGUACAGGAGCAAUAAGGCACAGCAUAACGCAAAUCUGUUUGUGCUACUUGGAACCAUGCGAUAUUAAAUUAUCUUGGUAUGGGAAUUCGUUCCUACGCUCUCAGUUCUAGAUAUUCCCUUCUGCUUUUAUUUAAUCUGGCAUCUGUAACUAUGUUUCGUUAUGUUUUAUUAUAAAUAAAUACCGUAUUUUUCCGUGUAUAAGACGACCUUUUUUGAGCCCAAAAUUGAGAAGUAAAUAAUUGCUUCAUUCCGUGUAUAAGAUGACCACCAAUUUUAAACUUUAAAAAUUUGGGGGGAAAUAUAGUCUUAUACACGGAAAAACACAGUAUAUGUUUGUCUGUCUGUUUGUUUUUAAUUUAAAGCUGGAUAGAACAAAGAUGAAAUAACCUUCAAAGAUAAACAUCAAAUAGCAAGCUCUUUUUUAAACAUAGAAAUUAAAAAGAAAAUAGGUAGAGGAAUAUACACAGAGGUUUAAAAAGAAAUUUUGGGCAUGCCACUCUGUUUGGGUCAAUGUUUGCCUUCAAUGUGUGCCAUUCCUUAUUCCCAAACAGGAGAUCUGCAUCAGCUACUUAGACUGUUGCCAACGGGAGCGAAGCCGCCACAGCCGCAACAAGACCCUCCGGUAAGCCUGGGCAGCAAAGUUUGAUGCCAACGGAUGCCAACAUAAUAUUAGGAGAGGCCUGGGGGUGUUCGGUAACCCUACUUGACCUGUAUCAAAUAAAAAUGGAAUAAUAAUAAUAAUAUAAAGGGUCUGUUUGGUGUUCCAGCUGUCAGUUGUUUUAAUUCUGCUGCAGUUUAAUUGCUUUUUAGCUAUUAUCUUUUACAGUCGUACCUUGGAUCCCAAACGCCUUGGUCCUCAAGCGUUUUGGCUCCUGAACGCCGCAAACCCAGGACUGUUCCGGUUUGCGAAUGUUCUUUGGAACCCGAACGUCUGACAGCCAAUCAGAAGCCACGCUUAGGUUUCCGAACGUUUUGGAAGUCGAACGGACUUCCAGAUCGGAUUCCGUACGACUGUAUAUGUUUUUCGCUUUUUGCAUGUUUUAAUUGUGGAAGGGACACCUCGAAGAGUCGUGUCGUCCAACCCCUUGAAAAUACAUGAAUCCUGCCCACAGCUGUUGCUGUGUGGGCUCAAACCACCAAAAAAUCUCUGUUCUUUUGAUUUGUUUAAGCCGCCUUGGGUCCUGGUCCGAGGGAAAAACAGGAUAUAAAUAAAAAUGAACACUUGCUGUAAUUAUAAUAAUGGCAUCUGCCUAGCUCUCGGUUGCCGCCUGAUCUUCAAUGGGCAGAUAAGUUAUUUUUUGAAAGGUUUGGUCUGCCAUUGGGAUUCAAAAUGGCGCCCAACAGCUCCCCAAUAUAGGCAAGAAACCAGCUCCUCUGUCUCAGAGGCUGCCCUGCAAAAUUGGGUCGUGAUUUAGGCAAAUACAUAGCAGAGAGGCAGAGAAACCAUCUUCCAAAAUAUGUAGUAGAUCCUACGGGGUUUAUUAUUUAUUUCACAAAAUUCAUACGCCGCUUGACUUCAAAAGGAAAACCCUCAGAGUGGUUUACAAAAGAAGAGAAUGCAAUGAAAUGAUUACUGGGAAUGAUUAACUGUAACUUAAGACUUUCGGAAGUGUUAAACAAGAAUCCACAGAAAAAAGCUUAAAUCUCGCAUUGGCUUUCCGAACGCUUGGGGAAGCUCGUCUAAAACGAAAUCAUAGAAUUGUAGCGUUGGAAGGGUACCCCAAAAUGUCAUCUAGUCUGACCGCCGCAAUGCAGGAAUCUCAGCUAAAGCAUCCAUGACAGAUGGCCACCUAAUUUCUGCUUUAAAACCUUCAAGGAAGGAGAGUCCACCACCUCCCGAGGGAGUCCGUUUCACUGUCAAACAACUCUUACUGCCAGAAAGUUUUUUCCUGAUGUUGAGUUGGAAUCUCCUACCUUCCAGAGCAAAAUGGUUUGCUCCGCUAAAAAUGGUUUUUAGCAGGCACAGAAAAGUGUAUCAACAGGCAGGGAGUUCCAGAAGUACAGUACAAAUGUAUUGUAUAACACAUGGUUGCAUUGUCUUUACUUUCUGCCGCGCUUUAUGCUUUUGAAAUUCUGGAGAUUCCUUAGGGCCCUCGUAUUUACGGGACCACCUCUCCUGGUCUGCCCCGCAAAGGACCUUCAGGUCCAUGAAUAACCAUAGUUUAGAGGUCCCAGGCCCUAAGGAAGUCAGACUAUCCUCCACCAGGGCAAGGGCCUUCUCAGUGAUGGCUCCGACCUGGUGGAAUGCUCUGUCCCAGGAGACCAGGGCCCUGCAGGAUUUAACCUCCUUCCGUCGGGCCUCUAAGACAGAGCUAUUCCACCUGGCUUUCAAUAUGAACUUAGCCUGAUCUUUUAGUUCCCUUCCUUCCCUCCCCCUUUUUAUGAAGAUUACCCGCUCUGGGAUCCCACAGCUAAUUCCCCCCUGAGCUCCUCGCUGGUCCAAAUAAGACUAAUUUAGCCAGCUAGCCCUGGUGAUCAUCUAAUGUUUUUUGGGUGGAUUUCCCCCCAAAUUGAUUUUGAAUUUUGAAUUUAUUGUUAUUCACGUUUUAUACUGUAUUUUAUGCUGUUUUUUGUUGCAUCAACUAAGUGUUUUAAAUUUGUUGUUAGCCGCCCUGAGCCCGGUUUUCUGAACCGGGAAGGGCAGGGUAUAAAUAAAAAUUUAUUAUUAUUAUGUGUCGGGAGGAUAACAAACUGAAAUCACCGCCGUCGUAACCGCCACCCACCUAUUUCUCCCCCUCUUCUGCCCCCUUCCAGGGAAAACUACCUGUUUGUUUGCUCCUGCCCCAAGUGCCUGGCACAAGCCAACGACCCGGACGUGACGUCGGAAGAGGAAGACGAGGAGGAGGAAGAAGUCGAAGGGGAGCCGGACGACGCAGAACUGGAGGACGAGAUGACGGACGUUUGA